UGCUGUUAACGCCUUUAAACUAUAAAAGAGAUAUGAACGACUGGAAGUUUAAAAAUGGGAAUAAAAGUACGCAAUGAUUUGAAGAAAUUUUCAUCUAUCUUGAAUUUUACGUAACGGACAAACGAGUUUUGCUAAAUUAGACAAACAUUGCAUAUUGUAUCGACUUUUUAAAGGGUCCAUUUUAUAAAGUAAGUCUAUAAACUAUGAAGUAUCCUAGUGUCUAUAAACUAUUCUUUCAAUUUGACGGUGCUAGUGUCAUUUGACGUUUUGAAGAGAUUCAACUGCAGAGCUAAUCAAAGCUGAAACAUACUUCUUAGUCAAUGCAAGGUUUUAACGUUGCUCCUUCUAUGAGGCUCGAAAGAAGAACAUGUCUUAUCAAUGCUGCCUGCAUGUUCCCUUCCCUUAGGUAACAUAGUUCAUCAGUUGAAAGAAUUUAUUUCUCUUGGAAAUACUUUUGGGCGUUUAAUUCUAAUGCGUCAUCUCAGUGGAAAACAAUGGCAAGAAGCUAUCUUCUCUCUGUUUUUAGCUAGUGAUAAAAACAGCUGUCUCUUUCAAAUUGCAGAAAAUAGACUUUCGAAGAAAUGCCCUAAUAGAUAUUUUUGGCAGCAAGACCCUUACAAUGAACAAUCUGCUCAGGUUUGCUUUGGUUCUCAAUUCCUUGCUAACAGUAAAUGGGAGAAUUCUUCGCCUGCCGUGCAUGAUUGAUGCUGUCUUUGAUGUUGUUUUUAUCGACAAACGCUUACAAGGAGACAUUCUGGCAGUUUUCAACAGUAUUGAUGACCAAGGAUGUACGUUGAAAUGCGCACAGAACCAUGAAUGUACAUCAUACAAUUAUCAAUGGAUAAACAAAACAUGCGAAAUUCUUCAGAAGCAUGUGCAACAGGAUAACAGCACCGAUUUACUGGAUGCCAAUGGUUGGAUCUUCAAAACAACAAACUACAGUAAUAAACUUAUUGGGCCAACGUGCAACAGCCUGAAGCCUUGCGAUCCGGAAGAUUUAUGUCUGGAUACAUGCAGCCCGCCUUUCUAUGAGUGCAUUCAUUGUCAGUCUCAUUAUCCUGAACUCAAGUGUUUCAAGCAGGCAGACGUGGAUGCCUGUGCUAGCAACCCUUGCAAACAUGCUUCACAAUGCUUGAACAAAAGUUCGGAUUAUAAAUGCACUUGUCUUGAGGGAUAUACAGGGAAAAAUUGCGAUAUAGAUAUUGAUGAAUGCAAAAGCCUUCCAUGUUUUCAUGGUGGUACAUGUUUGAAUCAGAUUGGGAAGUUUGUUUGUCAGUGUUUUCAAGGUUACAAAGGGAUUCAUUGUGAACAAGAUAUCGAUGAAUGCCUUGAUGGAACACACCAAUGCCAUACAAAUGCAGAUUGCACAAAUACCUUUGGCUCUUUCAAUUGCAAAUGUAGGACAGGCUACAGUGGAGAUGGCAUCAUCUCGUGUAUUGAUGUGGACGAAUGUCUAGGUUCCACGCACAAUUGUCACACCAAUGCAGAUUGCACAAACAUUGUUGGCUCGUUCACUUGCAAGUGUAAGACAGGCUACAGUGGAGACGGUGUCACCUGUACAGAUGUAAAUGAAUGUCUGAAAGGGACACACAAUUGUCAUACCAAUGCAGAUUGUACAAACACUGUUGGCUCAUUUACUUGCAACUGUAAGACAGGCUACAGUGGGGAUGGAAUCAUCACAUGUGCAGAUGUGGAUGAAUGUCUAGGUUCAACGCACAACUGUCAGACCAAUGCAGAUUGCACAAACAGUGUUGGCUCGUUCACUUGCAAGUGUAAGACAGGCUACAGUGGAGACGGUGUCACCUGUACAGAUGUAAAUGAAUGUCUGGAAGGGACACACAAUUGUCCUACCAAUGCAGAUUGUACAAACACUGUUGGCUUAUUCACAUGCAAGUGUAAGACAGGCUACAGUGGAGAUGGAAUCAUCACGUGUACAGAUAUAAAUGAAUGUGGAGAAGGCAUCCACAAUUGUCAUGCCAAUGCGCAUUGUACCAAUACUGGAGGGUCCUUCACAUGCACAUGCAACAACGGCUACAAGGGAAACGGCCAUUCAUGUAAUGAUGCAAAUGAAUGCCAGGAUAACACAUAUAAUUGCCAUUCUAAUGCUCAAUGCAAAAAUACAAUUGGCUCAUUUACAUGCACAUGCGAAGAAGGCUACAGUGGCAAUGGCGUUGCUUGCACUGAUAUAGACGAAUGUACAACAGGAGUGCAUGGAUGUCCAUUACAAACUCGAUGCAAGAACACAGCUGGAAUGUUCCUUUGUACUGAGAACAUAGCGUUUGGUAAAGUGUCCUCUCAGAGUUCAGACCUUGGCAAGGAUGGCCUUGUUCUCAAAUCAAGCUUGGGAAAUGAUGGAAAUAGAAAUGGAUUCUGGUCUGCAUGUUCACUAACAACAAAUUCAGAAAAUCCUUGGUGGCAAGCUAAUCUUGGUAGAAAAGCACAGGUUGGAAAAGUUAUUGUCGUAGGCCGCACAGAUGCGAAACAAACCAAUUUAAACCCCUUUCAAAUAAGCGUUGGGGAAGACGGAUCAAAUGGUGGUAGAAACAAUCCAAAAUGUGUGUCGGAUGGCAUCCUGCAAGGUGGCAAGCCAAAACAUUUCAGCUGUAGCCAUAGCUUAGUUGGAAGAUACGUCAGUUUAUUUGUCAAUGCAAUAAAAAGUCUUCAGCUCUGCGAAUUGGAAGUCUAUGAAGGCAACAUGGCAUACAAAAAACCAUCGCAACAGUCUUCGGUUUAUCAAAAGGGGGGUAUAGAUCUUGUAUCACUAUUUGGAAACGAUGGAAAUAGAAAUGGAGAAUGGUCUGUAUGCGCAACAACAGUACACUCUCUGCAGCCUUGGUGGCAGGUUGAUCUUGGUAAUCGUGUGCAUGUAGGGAUGGUUGUCAUUAGAAGUGCUACAAAUUGGCAACAAAAUAUCAAUCCAUUCAGCAUAAGUGUUGGUGAUGCUGAAACGAAUGGUGGACGAUCAAAUCCAUUGUGCGUAUCAAAUCAGAACGUAUUAAGUGGGGAAGUGAAAGAAAUGCAUUGUGGGCAAGCCCUUUUGGGGAGAUACGUCAGUGUAUUAAGCGAAAGUCCGGUACUGCUGCAUCUUCAAGUCUGUGAAUUAGAAGUGUAUCAAGCAAAAAAAAGCUCAUGUGUAAGUUGGUACGCCGUUGGUGCAAGGAAGAAUGGCAUUUAUGCUAUUAGCGACGAAACUGGCUUAAUUCAUCACGUCUAUUGCGACUUCAGUUCGGAACCUAAUUUUGCCUGGACUCUUGUCACUUCAUUCUCCUUGGAAAACAAUAACCAAUUCAAAAGUAAUCCAUUCUACAAUAACGAUCCGAUUUCCGAGCAUGAACCUAACUGGAAAAAAUACAGGCUUGCAAAAUCCCUAAUGCAGCACAUAGCAUCAUCCGCAACUCACUGGAGGGCUACAUGCAGUUACCCAGGCCACGGAAUUGAUCAUCGAGAUUACGUGAGGGCAAAGCUAAGUAAAAUAAACCCCCUUACUUUUAGCAGCAAUGGUGAGUGCAGGACUGUUGAAUUAAUCAAUAUUCGAGGAUACAGUGCAACUGGCCAGCUCGUUAAGUUUUGGCAAAGAUGGGACCUAUUUUUUUGCACUGAUUCUAGCUAUGAUUCUUGUUUCGUUCUUGCCAAGCCGGGGUCCAUCCCAAGUGAAGAUAACUUUGGACAUUAUGGAACCGUAAAUAAAAACUUUCGAUGCACAGAAAAUUCUGCUAGCACGACACAGUAUUGGAUUGGUGCCUCUACCCAGUCUUUAGGUCCCUGAAAGAGCCUGGAUCGAGACCUGCAAACAGUUCCUGAACCACGACAUAAAAACUUAUUUGGCUACCAAGGUUCUACAAGGUUGCAUCGAUUGUCAAUUCCUUUUACUGAAUAAUGCAUUUUGUCAUUUGGGGCAAAAAUACGGAAGAAGUGAAUAUCUAAUGCCUCCCUAUUAUUUCUAUUUCUACACACAACCUUGGCAUACUCCAAAGUCUCUCCAACCUACACACAUAAGAACUUUAAAGUGUCAACAGGAAUAGGAAAUACAGCAAAAGAUUUUUCAUUUUGUCACCAGCCUUUUAAAUAUAUUUUAUUUUAUUAGGCAUUGAUACUAACAACCAUUAUUGACUCUAGUGAUUUCGCAGAAAACGAAUUUUUAGGUAAAAUUUAUGUCUUUCUCAGAUCAGAGUUGUCGUUUUUCGUUAUUGAAAAUUGCAGAGCAGAAUAACAUAUAUCUUCGCUACUACAGAACUCACGUCCAUUUUCUGGUUUAUCAUCCUCCUCCCGCCUCCCUGUUUAUCAGAUUUUGACUUAAACAAUCUAAGAACCAAAACCGUUACAUAAACAAGUGACGGAUGAAUAACACAAUUUUUUUCACUGAAAAUUAAGUAAAAACUUUUUUAAGUUUCUUUAAAUCAAAUUUAAAGUUUUUCACUGAAAAUAACAUAAUUUGUUACAAAACACAUAUGUAUUAUAAAAUAGCACAUAAUAUUUCAACGUAAAUCCUUGAUUAGAGAGCCAGGCAUUUAUUUAAUUUUCAUAUUGUAUACAGGUGCCUAAUCGAAAGGGUAUCUAUUAAAAGCUGCAAUCUGAUCAUGAGGUUUGAACUCGAUUUACAUUCAACAAUUUUAUGAAAUCUCUUGGAAUAAAGAAGGUUUGAGAUUGUUAUGAACAUUAACUGGGUUUAAGAAGUAAUUUACGGUAUAAGAAUUUGUGUCUACAGUAUCAUAGAUUUAAGGAAUGCCCGACGGUAUGUUAACAGCCGUACCUGACAUGGCAGACACGUGAUUGUUGGGGUCGAAGUUCUUUAAUUAUUCGAGGGAAUUUAAAAUUUUGUAAAUAUACUCGUAUUCUUAUCGUUAUUGCACAAUAGUUUGUUGUUUGCAUAUUAAAAAAAGCUAUCCAUA